AUGAGAUAAGAUCAGUGCGCGAGCGACAAGCGCUGCAGCUUCAGAACCAGAUGGAGCUCACGAGGUUAACAAUGACACCAGACCUAGCUGCUGGAUAGCUCGCAGUCAGAACAUGUGAGUGUCAAAUGGAGCAAAGGUCAACAUUUCCUCUUACAUGCCGACAAUGGCAUGUAGCAUUUUAACUACCUUGUUAUCACCUUGUUAAAAUGAUCAUUUUAAACCAUUUCCAUAUUCUCUAGCAUGGAAAGGCAGUUGGAUUGAAACCCAAACAGUUGGGCUUUUACUUUUGUUUCCUCGUUUCAAGUAGGAAGUUGGCAUAUUUUUACGUCCCGAAAAGUCCUCACAUGGCGAUUUGACACAGCAGAAAAAAAUCGUACAAUCUGUAUCCCAGUGUUCCAGCUGAAACAAUGGUAGCAGAUGACACAGCAGAAAGUGGGGACGGAUCAGACUGGGAGAAGAAGAUGGACCUGAAGGCGCCUGCAUUUGAUGACAAGGGAGGACAUGAAGAUGGAGACGUAGAGAUGAUUGCUUCGGCGGGGCUGUCUCCUUCCACGGGUCCCGUAGAGGAAGCAGAAGAACCCAGAAAGUGGAAAUGGGCUGUAUUUUUCUUGUGCCUCUUUGGGUUUAUGGCAUCGAUAAAGCCCGGGGAGCCCUUCAUUACACCGAAUCUACUCAGCACUGAGAAGAACUUCACCAGAGAGCAGGUGACCAAUGAGCUCACUCCUGUCCUGACGUACUCCUACAUGAUGGUGCUGGUGCCAGCCUUCCUGCUGACAGAUCUCAUGCGCUACAAGCCCGUCCUGAUCAUCCAGGGCGUCAGCCACGUGGUCAUCUGGCUCCUUCUGCUUCUGGGCUCCACCCUCAUUGAAAUGCAGUUGAUGGAGGUCUUCUACGGCGUCACCAUGGCCUGCCGCGUAGCCUACUCCUCCUACAUCUUCUCCCUGGUCAGCCCGGCCCUCUACCAGCGCGUGGCUGGAUAUUCUCGCUCCGCAGUCCUCUUAGGGGUGUUCACCAGCUCAGUGUUGGGUCAGCUGUGCAUAUCCCUGGGAAAUGUCAGCUUCUACACCCUUAGCGCCAUAUCUUUGGGUUUUGUCAGCUUUGGUCUGAUUCUCACGCUGUUCCUGCCCUGGCCUAAACGCUCCUUGUUUUUCCACCGAACGUGGAAUCAGGAGCAAAAGGACGCGGCCGCAGUAGCCACCAAAUCAGAACUGGACAAAAUGAACCAGCAAGAGAGUGUCCCGUCCUCGGCGCCCCCCCUGUGCCCUGCAUCAUGCUGGAGGGACUCUGUCCUGGUUCAGAUGCUGCUGGAGUUGAGAAACGUGACCAGGAGGCCCAGCCUGAGGCUCUGGUCCCUGUGGUGGGUGUUCAACUCCACAGGGUACUAUCUGGUGCUGUUCUACGUUCACAUCCUGUGGAACAAAGUCUCCCUGGACGCUGAAGACAAGACCAUUUACAACGGGGGAGUGGAGGCAGCUUCCACACUGCUGAGUGCAUUGACUUCAUUCACUGCUGGCUACGUGAAAAUCCGGUGGAACGUCUGGUCUGAGCUGGUUAUCUGUGUCAUCACAGCACUGCAGGCAGGUCUGCUGCUCCUCAUGGGCACCACAGGCAACAUCUGGGUCUGCUACACGGCCUACGUCCUCUUCAGAGGCUUCUACCAGUUUCUGGUGCCUAUUGCCACUUUCCAGAUAGCCUCGUCACUCACCAAGGAGCUCUGUGCCUUAGUGUUUGGCAUCAACACCUUUUUGGGGACCAUACUGAAGAGCAUCAUCAACCUGAUAUUUUCCGACAAAAGAGGCCUGGGGUUGGACGUGCAAUCUCAGUUCCUGGUCUACUUUGUUUACUUCAUCAUUCUCACUGUUGUCUACUUUGUGUGUGCCGCUGUGGUCGUCAUCCGGCAGUACAGAAAUUGGCCCAGUGGAGGAGGCGGGGCCAGGGAACAGGCGGCGCCCACGGAGCUCAGCCCCAUGGCCACAGAUUCCGAGGCCGAACCUUUAUCCAACGGCAGAAGUGCCAAAGCACAGUGACAAGAAACCUGUCUCGCCUUAAACCGGUUUCUUUCAGUAUCUUGUCUAGAUCCCAGGUUUGGCCACUAAGCUCUUCCGACUCAACGGGAUCAAUCCCUUUAACGCUCUAAUGGUGAUGGAGUGGUUUUAGUGUUAGCCGCUGAGCCUUAAUUACAGAAGUGCCUCCUCGGACACCUGAAGCUCCUGUGCAACACUAGUCAGGAAGGCGUCUCGUGUCCGACGUCUUGGAAGAGUUGUUUUUUAGUUUAUGAUCAGACGCUGUAACUGAGAAGAGUAAAUUCUACUUUUUUAUUUUUGUAUUUAACACACUACACCAAGUAGUACUAGGUUCUUAUAGUGAGACAAAUCCACUAAAACAGGGAGAGGGACCAUUCAUGUAAUGGCCAGAACUUUGCCUUUUCUUGGUGUUAUGUACAGAAAACAAAAAAUGACUU